CUUUGUUACUACGAAGAGUUAUAGUGCUACUUUACGAGCAACCAGGCUCAUGCCCAUCUCCUCCCUAUUUCUCUAAGCGUACCUUUACAUCGGCAGGAAGAAUUCCUCAGCUACGGACGCAUUUGCUCUUUUAUGGCGACGACGGCAACGCUGGUCCCUGGCCAAAAUAUUGCAGUCAACAAGUUCAACGUCCAGGUAGAGCGGUAUCUUUCACAAGGCGGUUUUGCCCAUGUGUAUCUCGUACGGACAGCCACACCGGUGUACAACACGACACACCAUGUUCUCAAACGCAUUGCUGUUCCUAAUGAAGGCAUGUUGACUGAAGUAAAGCAGGAAGUGGACGUUAUGAGACUACUGAAGGGCCAUCCAAACAUUGUUCAUCUCAUCGAUGCUGCCUGGCAUAGGCUGCCGAACGGGACAUACGAAGUAUUCAUUCUGAUGGAAUUCUGUCCUGGAGGUGGAAUCAUCGAUAUGAUGAACCGACGACUGCGCGAGCGCUUGACUGAGGCUGAGAUCUUGACUAUAUUUGUCGAUGUCUGCGAAGGUGUUGCCCACAUGCAUAACUCACGGCCCCCACUUUUACAUCGCGAUCUCAAAGUUGAGAACAUCCUUCAGGCGUCAGCGACCUCUUACAAACUAUGUGACUUUGGUUCUGCGGCCACAGUCUCCAAAGUCCCGACUAAUACUCAAGAAUUGCGUGCUCUUGAAGCUGAUCUAAACAGGCAUACAACCUUACAGUAUAGAGCCCCUGAAAUGGUCGAUUUGUACCUCCGUAGACCAGUCGACGAGAAGAGCGAUGUCUGGGCGCUUGGCGUCCUGCUGUAUAAGCUUUGCUAUUAUACAACACCAUUCGAGGAACAUGGUCCAUUGGCUAUUCUCAACGUGUCUUAUAAAAUACCCCCGUAUCCCGUCUAUUCCCUCCAGAUGAAUGCUUUGAUUGCAUCUAUGCUUCGAGAACACGGGACCCACCGACCUUCUGUCUUUGAACUUCUUACCAGUGUUCAUAAAUUGCGUGGAACUGUCUCUUCAUAUCGUUACAAUCAUAAUCCCGCUCCCCAACCGCUGUCACCACGCAUUCAGUCCUCGUGGAAGCCGGUCCCAUCUCCGCACCCUUUAGACACCACAAUUUCUUAUCGUGCUGCACCACAACUUGCCCUUGGUGCAAAAUCUUUUACGCCAUCUCCAUCUCCUUCGAGAAAUGCUGGCCUCCAAGCGCGAGAUAAAGUGUUGGAGGCCAUAGCCCCUAUGCGACGAGGGCGUCCUACGCGCGAUCAGGAUUCAGGAUCGACGUCGUCCAAGGAGCAGUGGCUAAACGAUGAUUUUGGAGCUGAGGAAGAGAAGGCAUGGAAGUCUGCCGUAAAGACUGCCAAUCCCCCAAAGAACAACUCAAAAGACGAUGCAUGGGCAAUCUCAUUACAAUCGAAAAGCCCAGCAACCCUAUCCAAAGGAUUCGGUGAUGACUUCGCAACUAAACUCUGGGAUGAGUUCGAAUCAGGACCUUCCAAAUUUCCGUCUCAGCUUUCAUCUCCUCGCCCGCAUGAUACCGCACCUAAAUUGCCAGCUCGGCAGCCUACGGCUGGCUCAACAACAGAGCAUUCUAAGCUGACUUCAAGUGUUCGCAGCAAAGAUGCAUUUGAAGGUCUUGGGUUUGCCAUCUCUGACAAGAAGCCGGCACCGACACUCGGGGAGGCUCGAAAGCUAAGGACUGGACUGGCUGUCAUAAGCCCGGCGUCCCAUAGUUUUGGAUCUUCUGACUUUUACAAUAGUGCCAUUCGACCAUCCAUGUCUCCUCGCCCGUCAUAUCUUACUUUACCCGAUCCCGCCCCUCUUAAACCGUCUGGUUCCGGCUCUUCAUGGAGCUCUCAGCCGCCAUCUUCUAGGCCAGAUUCUCAGGUAGAUUCAGCAGCCGAAGCCAGGUUCCCAUCACUAGAGGAACUGGAUGCCAAGUUUGGUGGCAGCGGCGCAGAUUCCAGACCAUUACCUGUUCCGCCUGGGCGGCAGUCCCCAAUUCCAUCACGAAUGGGUGGCUUGCCAUCACGCGACGGAUCUGCCUUUGGUAGACGAGUGUCUUCUAGGCUACCUCAACUGGGAACGCAGUCAUAUGGUCAGAACAAAGUUCGGUCUGAGCAGGUUAUGAGUGCUGCUGUGCAGGAUGCUCCAAAGAGUAUCGGUGACAGGGGUACCCAAGUCGAAAGGGAGACAGGCAAUGUUAACGGCGAGGCAUCAUCAGCGAAGUCAACUGAGAGCUCCUUCAAGCGUCCUGUACUGAUAAGGAAACACCACAGCUCAGUGACUAAGAAGCCUUCAGAUGCCAAUGACUUGCUAGAAUCACCGAGUCGCGGGGUGAGAGUAGCUGCCGCCACAUCAGUAUCGCCGUCGGGAGUGAAAACGCCUCGUCUUCCUCCAAGACCGUAUCCUAAGCCGACUCAAAGCAAGGACUGGCUGACAGGGGACGAUGAACCAGAGUCAAUACCAUCUCACUUCACAACACCUACACCUGCGUCGUCUGACGGGUCCUAUCCCGUUCUUCGUCGGUCACCGAGUAAACGGGCGUCUUUCAUUGAGAAGAGUGGUUUCUCCAUACCCGAGGCUGUCGUUGCGCAGACUGACACUGUCCUAUAUCCAUCACCUCCAAUAGAAUCUCCAACCUCAUCCACUGCCAGCGGUGCUCCAUCUACCUUAUCAUUAUCACGCGCCAAUCGAGUAUUCCCGCCUUUAGAUACAACCACACCCGAACUUCCUCUUGACGGGGGAUUGACUGACAACUGGAGUCCAGUCGCCCCCAAAAUGCAGCAGAAUAAGGAGGUGGAGUCAUCUUCAAGUGCAGAUGAGGGUCCUGAGGAAGCGAACCGUUAUAUUCCAUCUUCAACUCCCAAAACGCCUGAUCAGAGACAGGGACGGUCAAGGAAGGGAAGACAAAGUUCUGUUCAUAAUUUAGUCGAUUUGUGGGGUGGUGGCACUGCCGUCAAAGAUCGCGAGAAAGAGAAGGAGUCUACGCGGGUGACCAUCACGCCCAAGACCCCUGUGUCAUCUGCUGGUGACUUGAAGACACAACGCAGACUGACAACAGAACCAUCGCGUCUCACGGAGACUAAGAGUGACAAACCGGCACCAUCUGCUUCGCCUAUACCGCUGCUUUCCUCUGUUGGGCACAUUGCCCGGUCACCUUCGAUGUCUAGGACUGCGUCUUCACAGCACACAAAACAAACAUCUGCUAUAUCCGCGCCGCCACCUAUAUCUUCACGUAGUCGACCUCAAUCCAUGUUCGUCUUUCCAUCGAAGGCUCCGGAAACGCCUUUACCCUCUUCUGUGUCUCUCUCUGGAUUAUCAAUACCAGAAGAGCGAACAUCACGGCCGAUUCGUCGAACUUCUAUUACCGACAUGGUUCAGAAGUAUGAGAAUAUCGAUGCCAAUGCGAGAGUAUUCUUGACGAAGUCUUCCGGUCUGAAGACGCCUUCACAUUCUCUGGAUGAUGGGAAGAACUCGACAUCGAUGGGAACGUCACGAAACGACCAAGUCGACGGGAAGAUAGCAUUACUCGUUUCAGAUGAGGCAACACCUAGUCGAACUUCCUCCGUCGGACUUCUUUCUCAUAUGUCGACCAUUAAAUUUCCUUCACGGUCGUCACCCAUGCCAGUGGCGGGUGAGAAAGAGGAAAGUGUGUCUGCUCCUCCUCUUCGAUCGCGGCAGGUCUCUGUCAAACCUGCUACUCCAGCGGAGCCCUCAGGGAAGUCGACUGAGGAUGAUACGGCGUCGCGCAGCGGUGAAAGGCGGACGCCGUCCCCGGAUAAGCCGUAUCAGGGUGUAGGGAAACUAAUUGAUCAAUGGCAGCGGAAGGCAGAGAGUAACGCUACGCGCACGCCUGUCAAGAGAGAUGGGUUUGUAGCCAAACGAGCGGGUUUGGUUAGUGGCGGCAUUGGUAGAAGUCACUGAGACAUUGUUUUUGGAUUCUACUGUACUGAUAAGUGGAGAUUACAUUAUUGCAUUGAGCAUGGAAUACACGAACUGACACGACAAACGAGAACAGAUACAGGAAGAAAUGGUUAGGAAGUGCCAGAUUCCGAGUCUGAUAGUGAGCCAACAUGAAAGGAAGACUGGCGUUGGGGCUCUCCUCGAACUCGAGGCUGUCCCAUCAGUGCUCUAGCACCUUCCCUGCCUUUACCCAUCUCCCAAGUGGUGGCCUCUUCGGUAUACAUGUUUCCCCUCAUCCUUUCUGUGUUGCCGCCUAUGCCCAUUUCGAAAGCAGCGGCAUCCGCUCGUGCGAGAUUAGAUUGGGUGGGAUGGAUGAAGAUAUGGUCGGGUUUAGAUUUUGAACGAGGCCGUGAAUGGGUGGGCGUGGAGGAAACGUGGGCGUCGUUGUACAGCAAAGGCUCUUCCACCAGCGAGUAGG